UAUCUCUCUUUCUUUAACAUUUCUCAACCAUUAAAGUGUUCUGCCUCUGUCUCUGUCUCUUUCUUCCUCUGUAUUUUAAACUUAUUUAAAACUUUUUUUGUGUUUCAUUGGAUUCCUCUCUAUUGCAAAUUCUGUAAGAUUUUUAAGUAAAUGGGUUUUCUUUUUUUGAAGGAUUAAAAUACUGGGUUUGGUUUAAAUUUUCCAUUUUUCAAUCGGAUUUGAAUUUUCCAUUUUUCGAUUGGGUGUCUUUCUUUCGGCCACUUUCUCUGUUUUUAUUCCCAGAAUUGUAUUUCGGUUUGAUCUCAUUUUCAUCUUUCCUUUCUUGUAUUUUUCAAACCAUUAUUGUUCGCCUAUUUUGCUUUUUGGGUUUUGUGCUUUCAAUCAAUGCCUGUCUAUUAUAGCUUCUCAUUGUGGAUAAAAGCUUGAGUAUUGCUCUUUUGACUGGUUGCCAAUACUUCCUUUAUUGGGUUUCCUCUAUCCUUUCUUGCAUUAAUCAUUAAUACUUGUUUUUCUAAAUGUAAGGUUUAUUAUUUGUUUUUAGUCAUAAUUAUACAACAAUAUUCUGAUGAAUGCCAGUUCAUUUAUGUUGAAAUGGUAGCCCCUUCCUUAUUCCCCGUUUGGUUGCUGAGAAACCCGAGGAAAGGAAGGGGAAAACUGUUUUGUUUUGGAUCUUUUUGCUCUAUCCUGACCCACUUUUGAAAAUAAGUGCUCAAUAUUGAAAAAUCCGGUUUCUUUUCUUGUGCUACAUUUUUUCAGCAAUCCAACAUUGUCAAUUAUUUUCACACAGUUCUUUUCUUUUGACAAUUUAGGAUUCAUUUCUAUACCAGAAUCAUAAGUUGCCUUGACCAUAAAAGAGAUUCAUAUUUUAUUACAGCUGUAUUGGAGGAUGGGGGAUCAUUUUGUGUUGUUGGUGGAUCGGCUUCUCACUGAAUCUACUCUUGAAGCUGCUAUUGAAAGUAAAAGUUGGUCACAGCAGCCCACAAUCUCAAAAAGCCAAGAUAAUAUGAUUUCUUCCCACAAAAUAGAUGUCAAUAUGAGGUCACCUUGUAAAUUGGUAGAGUGUAGGAUAUGCCAUGAUGAGGAUGAAGCCUCCAACAUGGAGACGCCAUGUUCUUGCUGUGGCAGCUUAAAGUAUGCUCACCGCAAAUGUGUUCAGAGAUGGUGCAAUGAAAAAGGUGAUACCAUAUGUGAAAUUUGCCGCCAGCAAUUUAGGCCUGGUUAUACGGCACCACCUCCUCUGUUUCAUUAUGGUGGUAUUCCUAUGAACUUCAGGGGCAACUGGGAGGUAUCCAGAAGGGAUCUUCACAAUCCUGGAUUUAUAGCAAUGGUUUCUGCUGAACGUGAUUAUAUGGAUACUGAUUUUGAUGAAUAUGCAGCUCCCUCUUCAAGAAGCCUUAUAUGCUGCCGUAUAGUUGCUAUAAUAUUUAUGGUUCUUUUGGUUUUACGCCAUACUCUACCAAUUAUUAUUAGUGGGGCAGGAGAGUACUCAAUGACAUUGUUCACGUUAUUGAUGCUGAGAACGAUUGGGAUUCUUCUGCCAGUCUACAUCAUGGUUAAAGCUUUCACAGCUAUCCAGCGACGAAGACAUAGACAGGAUUCUCAUCUUCCUCUUGCCACAUCAGACGAAGAAAAUGAUUCGCCACUGCCCCAGCCACGUUUCAUUCAAAUCCGAUGAUUGCUCUAGCCUUGAGCCACCGAUGCUGCCAGAAGGAACCUGAUGAUAUUGAUGAAGAUGCAACCUUUUGUAUCCCGAAAGGGAAAUUAACAUUUGAAAAUCUGCAAUUGUCUGUAAGCUGAAAGAUGCUCAUUGUCAUCAGCGAUGAAAGAAGAAUCCUUCACACUAGGAUUUGAAUCAGCACCUCAUAUCAUGGAUGGGAAAGCUAUGUACAAACACUUAAGAGAAAAGAAAUGAGUAAGAGAGAUUUAUAAAGGAUAGUAAAAACUGGAUAAUCGCCUGUAAAUAUUAGCAUUUCUUAUAUGAAGAAUGAGGAAACAAAAUUGAAAGA